UUGGAAUGUUUUCCGGUUGUUUCAGCCUCGGGCAACAAACCCUCGGUUAAAAAAGGAACUCCCAAAGCAAAGUCCCCCAAAACCACCCAGAUCACACCCGCUAAAGGAGCGCCCAAAAGACCUCUGAACGACUCGGAUGAGAGCAGUGACGAAUCUGAGUUAAAUGCAACUGCCAGUGAGUCCAUGCUAAAUGGCGUGUCUAAAAACAAGGAUAAAUGUUCAAAGUUGAAAAAGCCUGUGGUAUCCGUCCCGGAAACUUCAAGUGAACGUUCGCCACCUGGUUCUUACUUGCUCAUACCUCACCCACCGAGAGAUUUGACCAGCGUGAAGCAACUUCUAGCUACUCGUAACAUCAUGAUCUCCGAUAUCAAAGUCUUGCAUCAACCUGUUGCUAUCGCUAUAAUGGAUUCAGAAAAAGGUGUUGAUUCUGCUCUGUUGAACAAACCGUUGUCACUUGACGGGAACACUGUACAUCUGAUCCAAGUCAGUGGUUCAAAGGAGGCAAUGCUGGCUUUGUGUGAUGAAGGUGCAACAAAAACAUUAUUUGUCACUGGCAUACCGAAGUCAGUUUCGAUGGACUCCCUCAAGGCAGCGCUUCCUUCAGACUGCCGGGCUUGCUCGGUUACUCUGUUGAGCCAGGGUCCCCGGAAUAAGUUUUCCAAUGCAGCCUUCCUCAACUUUGCCUCCCCUGAGUUGGCAUCCAAGGCUAUGAAUUCACUUGCAAACGAACGAUUCGAAGGUCGAACGCUUCGAGUGAUCUACGGGAAAGAUAAACCAGUUCGGUUCCCAUCCCUGGAGGCUCGACGUGAGGCCCUCCGAGGCCCCAAAUUCAUUGCCGGCCAAAAGCUCACUGUCACUGUUGCCGGUGGCAUAGAUCGAAAUAUAGCAAUAGCCAAAAACCUGCCUUUUGACUGCACAAAUCAAGAUGUCCAAGCAUUAUUUCCCGAAGCUACCUCAGUCUCCAUUGACCUACGGAAAGAUGGAAAAUCUUCUGGAACUGCCACAGUCAUUUUCCCCACGGCCGAACUCUGUCAGAAAGCAACAUCAACAACGUACACCGUGAAAGAUCGCAAGGUGGUGUUGUUCUUCAAAAGAGUUGACAUCGCACAGGAUCCAUCUCAAAAACAAGCUCCAAAGAAGGAAAUGAAACCACAAAAAGAAAUGAAACCGCCCCAAAAGGCCGCGAAGCCGAAAGUAACGGGGGUUCCUUCAACGAUCGCGGCCGCGGAUUCAAUUCCGGUCGCGGAUUCGGAAAUCGCGGUGGGGGUCGUGAAGGUGGACGCGGUGGUCACGAGAACCGAGGAUUUAAGCAUGGUGGUCAUCGCGGUCGGGGUGGUGGAGGUGACGGCUUUCGAGGACGUGGACACUUUAACAACCGCGGUAGAGGCAACCGUGGAAGAGGACGCGCCUGAUUCAGACUUUCUCACCAUGUAUAUUUGA